CUGGUUCACGCAGUAUUAAACAUUGUUUUUUUAUUGACGGUUCAUUUUUAUUCUAUACUACAAUAUAUUAUUUAUUAUAAUUUUUUUUAGAUUUGACACUAUGCAACUAAACUGCAAUUCAUCAUACUGUGAUUGUAACGAGAAUAAAUUUACACCUAUAUGCGGACAAGAUGGACAAACCUACCUCUCACCUUGUCACGCAGGUUGUCUAAAUUUUACCGGAACUGAUGGAAAGAUCACGCAAUAUGUAGAUUGCAUGUGUCUAAAUUUAUCCUUGUCAAAUGAAAAAUUUGGAGAUGAACGUGUGUUUGGGAAUGCAACCAUCGGAUACUGUAGUCAAGAUUGUGAUAGUUUUAUUCUUUAUAUUAUACUGUUUUCGUUUUUCGUUUUUAUACACUCAACGGGAGAAGUGGGGUCUAUGCUGCUUAUUUUACGAUGUGUGGACCCCAGGGACAAGGCUAUGGCGCUGGGGCUGAUCCAGUUCGCCAUAGGGCUUUUUGGCAAUGUUCCUUGUCCGAUAGUUUAUGGUGCUGUUGUUGAUUCUGCUUGCCUUGUUUGGAAAAUGGCAUGUGGGGAAAAAGGAGCCUGUGGACUCUAUGACUCAGACGUCUUUAGAAUGUUUUAUCACGGAACGACUGGAGUCAUAUUGUUAUGUGCAUUUGUGGUCGACGUCGUAGUAUGGUACAAAGCUGUUAAAAUUAACUUCGUCGACGAACAAUCCACACAGGAAGAGGAGCUUCCUACAAUUACAUAGAAAAGUGAAAGGAAUUGGCAAGAUUUAGAGACUGCAGCAAAAUUUAAAGAGCUGGUUUAUGUUUAAUGAUUAACGGUAGUCGGAACUCAGGUGCAAUUAAUGUGCUUCAAGUAAACUUUUCAGAAAACUAACAAACCAACAAAAGUAUUUUUGGUGUAACGUGUUUUAACUAAAUUGUAGUCAAGAAAUAA